CCGCAGGGGCGGCGAUUUACAAACCGGGCGCGCAGGCAGAGCGCGCAGAGCGCGCCCCGGCACGGCUGGAAAUCGCCCUGCUCGCUGCGCGGCAGAUUGCGCCCCCGCGCGGUGGGGGUAGCUCUCCGCAGGCCCGGCGCCCUCCCCCUGCGCCGCCCCCUCCGGAUCUGGGCGGGGAGCCCGGGCAGCGCUGGCCGGCGGCCUCGGAGCGGAGCUGAGCGGCAGGGAGCGAGGCGCAGGAGACACGGAGCCGCCCCCGCUGCGCUGCGCCCCCGCAGACCCCCCUCCAGGCCUCGGGGCUGCCCGGGAGCUGGGCGCCCAGUUGCGCUUCGUGGGGCCCCCUGGGGCGGGGUGCAGGACCUGGAGCGACUCCAUCUGACCCCCCCCCGGGGUGAAGGAGGAUCCCCACCCCCCUUUUCCUGCAGGUGAAAUUCUCUCCCCCCCCCCACUGCUGCACCCCCCAUGGGUUAAGGACCAGCCCCCCCCCACGAGUGACUCCAGCUUCCCACCUCUGCGAUGGGGGCCCCCUUGCCAUGACUCUCCCCCCCGCGCUGGGACUGUGAUUUACCGGGGGCGAGGGGGAAGCAGGACCACCCCGUCUCCCGAGCUGCAUCCCCUGCUGGCUCUGAGCUGGCACGGAGCUCCCACGUGGGCCCCGUGUGUGGGGCACACCCCCUCCCCCAAACCACCAGGCUCCGGAUCCCCCCAUCCCCUUCUCCCCCGGCAUCUCAGCUUCAGCCUUUCCCAGCCAUAGCCCGGCAGCCCCCCCGCCCCAUGGCGGCCAAGUGGUUCAAGGAGUUCCCCUCCAAUCUGAAAACCGCUUCAGAACGGGCCAGGCCGGGCAGCGGGAGCCUGGGCAAGCUGUGCAGUGCCUCCCGGAAGCCCCUGGGCCCCGCCGAGCCAGGCUCCGGCCCACUGCAGGGCAAAAACCGCAAGAACUCGGCGGCCGAGCUGGGGGGUUGCAGGGCAGCUCCGGGGCCUGGCAAGGAUGGCGGCAGCAGGCUGUCCCGGGACAACCUGCAGGGACUGAUCCAGGCUGCCACGGGCAAGAUGCGCAAGAACUCGCGGGUGGAAGGCAGCCCCCAGGAGGGCCCCCCCAAGGGCACCGGCUGCAGCACCUACAUGAACCGGCUCAUCAAGGUGGAUGCCCAUGAGAAGAACGGGAAAAGCUACCCCAGCAGUAGCCCAGCGCCAGCGUCCAGCCCGUCGCCGGAGGAGGACAAGGCCAAGAGCGCCAAGCAGGAGACGGUCAUCAUUCUGGAGGACUACGCUGACCCGUACGACGCCAAGCGCACCAAGGGCCAGCGGGAGGCGGAGCGGCUGGAGGAGAACGACGGGUACAUGGAGCCCUACGACGCGCAGCAGAUGAUAACAGAAAUCCGCAGGCGGGGCUCCAAGGACCCACUGGUCAAGGCCAUCCUGCUGCUGGACGGGCCCGGGGAACUGGGGGAGGGUGGCGCCCGGCCGGACGCGGUGCCCAAGCGGCAGGGCUCCAAGGAGCAGGUGGCGAAGGCCCCGCCGCAGCUGUAUGACACCCCCUAUGAGCCCAGGGAGGCACCGGCCAGCACCACACAGGACAGGAGGGCGCGGGCCGCGGACAGCCGGCUGCCGGAGAAUGACGAGCGUCCUGCCGCAGAGUACGAGCAGCCCUGGGAGUGGAAGAAGGAGCAGAUAGUGAAGGCUCUGUCAGUCCAGUUUGAGGGAGCGGAGCGGGCGGGCGCCCCCAAGGAUGAGGUGCUGCGGCAGCACCAUCGCCAGAAGAGCUGGACUCCCAAGACCCUGAAGCCGACGCUCUCAGACCACGGCGAGGGCGAGCGAGUGGACCCAGCCCUGGCGCUGGAGAAGCAGCCCUGGUACCAUGGAGCCAUCACCCGGGCUGAGGCUGAGAGCCGGUUGCAGCCCUGCAAAGAGGCCGGUUACCUGGUGCGGACCAGCGAGACGGGGAACGGCAAAUACUCCAUCGCGCUCAAGACCAGUCAGGGAUGUGUCCACAUCCUCGUGGCCCAGACCAAGGACAACAAGUACACGCUGAGCCAGACCAGCGGCGUCUUCGGCAGCGUCCCCGAGGUGGUGCAUCACUACUCCACCGAGAAGCUGCCCUUCAAAGGGGCGGAGCACAUGACCCUGCUGCACCCUGUACACAGCAAGCUGCAUUAGCACGGCCGCGCCCAGCCAGCUGCCUGGGCUUCGCCGUGGACAUCGGGGCGGCCAGAGGGCCGGGCAGGCGGGCGCGCGUGGAGCCAGGUGCAUCGCAACAGCGGCAGGCUCUCCGGGGCCCGCUCUGGACAGAGUCGAAGGCCCCGCUCACCAGCACGGCUGAGCUUGUUCCGUCCGGGGGAACAGCCUGGGAACACGGCCCCACGGAGAGCCCCCUUGGCCCUGCACGGAGCCAGAGCUGCCAGGCUUUGGUGCCGGUGUAAAGGGAUGUAGGGAUCACUAGCCUGUCUCCCAAAGGCCUGCCCCGCGGGGAGGUGCCCCAGCCUCGGGUGACCCCGUGCUGCCUGGGACUGUCAGUCAGCGUGACCCUGGGCAGCUGGUCCUGGUCUCAAUGCCCUUAAGGCCAGAGGGGCCAUUUGGCUCCUCCGGGCUGACCUGCCUGGCACAGGCCAGAGCUCCUCCCCUGCUGACUCCUGCCUCCCGGGCCAAGCCAGGGCCGCUGUCUGAGAGGGUGACAUCCCCUUUGGCUUCCUGGGGUCUCUGACAGUUGUGGGCAGCUGGGGCCUGGCACCCUGGGCACCCAUUCUGCUUCCCUAGACUCUCCCGCGCCCCGGGAGGCCCCAGUGCUUCCUGUCCAGGCCAAGACGGUUGACUCAAUCGCAAGGUGUCUCCCUGCUGUGAGCAUCCUCGUGACCCUCCGCUGACAGCUCAUUCCGCCCUCCCUGCCUUCUCUUCUCUGCAGUCUGUCCUGCCCCGGCGUAGCCCAAAGACAGGGCCAAGCGCCCUGUGGCGGCAGGAACGGAGGGCAGCCUCUGUGUCCAGGUAGUGCCCGACGGAGUGCCUUCCCACCUGCCGGCGGGGGCGUGCGGGCGUCUUGCUCCAGGUGGCAGGAAGGGCAUUUUUCUGACAUGCUUUCAAGUCCCAGUAGGUUCAUUACUUGUGCUGAGUGCCAGCUUGGAAUUAAGUAACUCCCACUCGGACUGUGGCGCUUUACAUGCCCUCUGGGGGGAAGUCCCCUAUGAUUUCCCUCUGGGAGCAGCAGUUGACAGAGGGGUUCUUCCGGGUGCCCUUGGGCCCGUUCCCAGGGGCCUGCCUGCCCGUACUUCUGGCAGUGCCCUAACGAGGACUUGCCUAAUGGAAUGGGGGCACACGUCAUUACCUACUCCUGGUAACCUGUGCCAGUUGCCUCUCCAGGCUCUAAACACCUGACUGCUCCUGUGGGGCAUGACUGACGGGGCGGCCGGCAGCGAUCCUGGCAGCACCUGCAUCUAGCUUUCUCCCUCUAAAAACAAAUUGAUGCUGCAAGUGUAUUUUAAAAAAGGGCUCCAGCAACCCUCCCGUCACAAACCAGCCUGUGCACGGUGGGACGGCCGCGCUGCCAGGGGGAGGGAGGUGAAAUUCACCCCAGUGCAGAGCAGCCUGCGCCAGACCUUGAAGUGGGCAUGAAGGACGGACGGGUCCUGGCAGAUGGCUGGAUUUCCUCACUGCCAGCAUGAAAGUCUCUCUUCUGUCUGAUGAGGCCAGGGCUGCUGGGGGUAAGUGACCCCUGCGCUUACUGGAGUGGAGAAAGGAGAGAGCAGAACUUCUCAGGGGGCCCUGGGGGCCCAACUUCAGCCUGAUCCCUCCCCCUCUCCCCCCACAGUUUGUGACUGGUAUAUUUGACGGCAGGUGUUCGUUGCUUUCAUGGGGUUCCCUGUGGGGUAGAUACGGCAGCUGGGGCAGGACAACACCAGCACAGCCCCCAGGGUGGGCACCCAGCUGCCCUGCGCUAAGGGUGCUCCUGGUCCCAGCCGGGUGAGGCCUAGCUAGUGUGACACAGCCCGUUAUCCCAGGCUAGGGGGUUGUGCGUUCGACUGCCCUGAGAUGGGUAGAGCAGCGCCCCGGCUGUGCUCGGCCCCAGCCUGAGUCGGGUGAUUCCCUCCCCAUAAGGGGGCCUGGUCAGCAAAGCCCCUGAGCAUGUGGCUAAGCCCCGGGGCGUCGCUGGCCGGGGCUCAGGUCAGCACCUGCUUUGCUGGCUUGGCACCUGGCAGGGGUUUGUUAUGGAGGGGACGCACACUGCCAGCAGAGCCCCAACUCCUACGGAGGCCGCCCCCUCCCCACUGCUCUGCCCCCUACCCAGGGCCAGGGGCUCCCCUGCUGCACCCUUGGGUGGGCAGAGACCAGAAAGGGGCCAGUUAGUGGUUGGGACAAUGCUGCCACCGUGUGGCGAGGACUCUGCAUUACAGGGUGGGACCAGGCAAGGAAGGAAAAUGUUACUCACCCCUUGGUUGCCGGGUCUCCCUGCUGGAGCGUGGCCGGAGACCCGGCUGUGGCCUCAAUGCAGGGUUAGCUCCGCUCCAUUGGCCCUGUGCCAGCACCCUCGCGGGAGGGGUGCGGACGGCGUGGGGGCGACACGUGCAUUGGCUCAAUCCCUGAGUGCCUUUGCCCCUUCCCAGCGCAAGCCAGGCUGCUGCUUGGUCUAGCCGUUGUCCCGGGGCAUCCGGGUAGAAGGUGCACACAGCAUCCAGCUGGACCGACGCUCCUGGUGUGCGUAUGGCCACUUUAUUUUUAGGACAGGGCAAGUGAGGGGCAGGUCAUCCCGGCCGGCCCUCAUGCCUUGUUUGGUUCAGCAGGUAGCUGAGCCCUGUGCCACGUGUGGAUCGCUAGCCAGUGUUCGACCUUUGGUUUUUGGAGACUGUGUCUUUAACCAGCUGCUUGUCUGUAUUAAUUGUUUUUAAUGUAUUUAUGAUGUUGCCUAAGAAGGUUUUAUGACGUCUCUGAAUGUCGGGUGAGAACAGGCACAAGGCUGCUUGUAGCCAUGGAGCUAGGAGGAAAUAAACUCUCUCUUCAAGGAAAAGC